AUGGCGGAGCCAGAGGCCGCGGCCGAGGACCUGGACGCCCUCGUCGACGACCUGGACUACCUGCCGGGCCACUUCCACCUGGAGAUGCAGCUGAACUUUGAGCCGCGCUCGCCGGCCUCGCUCCGCGCCCGGGACCUGAAGCUGCAGCGGGACGGCCUCCGGCAGGAGCUCGAGCUGGCGGCCGCCCCGCAGCGCCCCGCCGUGCGCCACCUCCUAGGUGCCUUCGCCUUCUACCUGGAGGAGCUGGACGAGGCCCGCGAGCGCUUCCUCGAGGUGGCCCGCGAGGACCCGGGCAACCUCAACGCCUGGGCCAACCUGGUGCACGUGUACGGUAGGCUGGGCCAGGAGGAAGACGAGGAGGCGUGCGCCGGGCGUCUGGCCGGCCUCAUGGGCCUGGCGGCCGAGGGCCAGGCGGCCGGGGACCCUCGGCUCCGCGCCGCGCGCUGCCUGGCGGAGCAGGGCUACGCGCACGGCUUCGACGUGGGCUGCGCCAGCCCGGAGGAGCGAGCGCGGGUGCUGGCCGCCGGCAUCGCGCUCUACGACAAGGCGCUGGGCUACGGGCAGCAGAUCCCAGCGGAGGAGAAAAGGGGCUGGUACUUCACCAUGGCCACGCUCUUCAUCAGGCUAGAUGGCAUCUUCCUGGAGCUGGGCAGUGAGGAGCAGAAGAGGCUGCCUGCCUUCAACCGCACGCUGGCCCUGCUCCGGCAAGUGCUCAAGUCCUCGGACCCCCACCACCAAGCUCUGGCCUGGUGCUACCUCGGGAUGCUGCUGGAGAGGAAGGACACCUUCUCCACCACCCCCAUGGGUGUCCACGACUGCGGGUACUCGGGAACCGACCCCCUGGACUGCUUUGGCAAGGCCAUUGAGAUAGCCAAGGACCAACCCCCCAUCCUGAAUCGCCUGGCCAAAAUCUUCCACUUCCUAGGGAAGCAGGAUAUGGCCAUUGGCACCUGCAACAUGGCUCUAGAUGUCCUACGGGAUCCGGAGCUCAACUGGCAGGCAUACUGCACAAGGGCCAAGAUCCACCUCAGAGCCUACCUGCACGACCUGGAGCGAGCCAAGAUGGGGCUCGGGGGCAUGCCUGACAGGAACCACCUGGCCUGUGCCAAGGCCGACCUGGAGGAAGUGGUCAAGGUGUGCCCAGGCCUCAAGACCUACCUGGACAUUGGCCAGGUCUACUACUACAUGGGCGUGGACGCCGUGCAGGAGCUGCUGGCAGUGGACGAGGCGGCGCUGAACCAGGCGCUCGUCUUCCUGGCCAAGGCCGGCGAGUCGGAGCUGGGCGCCACGCUGCCCGAGCUGCAGCUGCUGCGGGGCAAGUGCCUGCGCAUCAAGGGUGAGGAUGCCAACGCGGCGGCCUGCUUCAAGCGCGCCGUGGAGCUGGACGACGCGGGCUCCAGCCACACCGAGGGCUUCGGCUGCCUGCUCGAGGCGCUGCUGGCGCAGUGGAGCCAGGAGCAGCUGAGCGACGCCGAGCUGGGCCGCGAGGUGGACGCGUGGCUGCGCCGUGCCCAGGGCAAGUACCCCGCGGCGCGCCUGCGCCAGGAGCUGCAGCGCUUGUGGCGCGGCCACACGGGCGAGGUGCUGGGACUGUCCCGAGCCUUGGUGGCCCAGGGACGGCCGGCGCUGGUGCGACUGCUCUUCGAGACCAUGGAGCAGGACGGCGAGGGCUCGGGCGUGCCGCGGGGCCGCCGCGCCUUCUCCCUCUAA